AUGACUCAGACAAGACCAGAGGUGGCGUUUAACUGUCGCUUUACAGUCCCGGUAGAACAGCAAUUAGUCUAUUCGAUUUGUUACAACACUAUGCUAAAGCCUGUCAGUUUAACUUGUGGCCAGUCUGGAUGCCACGAAUGUAUAACAGAAUUGGUAAAGAAAGCGAAAGCGCCCAAAUAUCCCGUGUGUAGAAAAGGCUUUCAAGCAGCAUUAAUGGGUGUGAACAUCGCACUCGACCACGUAACCAGCUCCUUGGCGGUGGAGUGCCUUAGUGCUGGCUGUGGUUGGAAGGGAGGUUAUGGAAAUGCUGCGGAGCAUUUUCCCAACUGCGCGAAACUACCCAUACCAUGUCAUAAUAUUGGAUGCCAAAUAAAGAUAACACGCCACGAAAUGCCUUCCCAUGCUCUAUUAUGCACGAAGAGGAAGGUUUCAUGUCCUCAAUGCAGAAAAUAUGUGAGUUGGGAAAUGUAUGAAGAGCACCGUGCUGGUAGAUGUGACAAUGCCCUCAUACCUUGUCCACUGAAUUGCGGGAGAGUAUUUCCAAGAACUAACAUAACCCUUCAUUUAAGCGAUUGCCAGGAAAAAGCCACACAGUGCAAGGUCCUAGGUUGCCACAGAAUCGUUAAGAAAAAGGAUAUGACCAGCCAUUUGAUGGAAGCAGCGAAAUCUCACCAUGUCCUUCAAUCAAGUGAGAUAAGACGACUGCGAAAAAUCAUACACAACAAGGCAAGGAGAUUGAAUUGAGGUUUCUUGGGUUAAUAAUGGGCAACCAGAAAA